AUGAGUGGGAAAUCCCUGCUCUUAAAGGUCAUUCUCUUGGGUGAUGGUGGAGUUGGGAAAAGCUCGCUCAUGAACCGUUAUGUAACCAAUAAAUUUGACUCCCAGGCUUUUCACACCAUAGGGGUAGAGUUCUUAAAUCGAGACCUGGAGGUAGAUGGACGUUUUGUAACUCUCCAGAUCUGGGACACUGCAGGGCAGGAACGCUUCAAGAGCCUUAGGACACCCUUCUACAGGGGAGCAGACUGCUGCCUCUUGACUUUCAGCGUGGAUGACCGGCAGAGCUUUGAGAACCUUGGUAAUUGGCAGAAAGAAUUCAUCUACUACGCAGAUGUGAAAGACCCUGAGCACUUCCCCUUUGUAGUUCUGGGUAACAAAGUAGACAAAGAGGAUAGGCAAGUGACUACUGAGGAGGCACAGGCCUGGUGCAUGGAGAAUGGAGAUUACCCUUAUCUAGAAACAAGUGCCAAAGAUGAUACUAAUGUGACAGUGGCCUUUGAAGAAGCUGUCAGGCAGGUGUUAGCUGUAGAGGAACAGCUGGAGCAUUGCAUGUUAGGUCACACUAUUGACUUGAACAGUGGUUCCAAAGCAGGAUCUUCAUGCUGUUAGAAGUGGGAAGCCUUUUAAAAGUGUGCCCCAACUGGUCAGUCAGUAGUGUAAGAAUAACUGUGCCCCUCUAAGACUGC